CAAUGGGCAAACAUAAAGGAGGCAACUUCAAUUUGUUUGAGAGUUAUCUUGCUUCUGGCCUGGUUGCCUCUAGUUCCGCAAGCACAGCCUGUUCCUCUGCCUGACUCUAUGAGAGUCUCUACUCUUUUAGAACAAAUAGGUCAGGAACGUAAAUGGACUGAACAACAAAUUAAUCAAGAUAUUCAAAUCAUGGAUAAACAUCGAUUGUAUUAUGUGAGUGAUAUGCGUGAAUUGUCAAGCAGCAGUUGGAAGGUGAUUGAAUUAUUACCUCUUGUCAAAGAUCUACUCAGAAAAGCCAUUGUCCAAAAAGAAAAGAAAUACAAAGACAAAAAGAAAGAGAAAAAGAUGAAGAAGAAAAUGAAAAAGAUGGGCAAGCCAGUCACUGACACUUCCAUUUUGUCUGGAGGGGUUAUUUCUGAAGAUCCAGAAACCAUCAGAAAUACAAUCCAGAACUUGACUGUUGAAAAUGUAGAGGAUGAUCAAGAAAACAAAAAGACAGGAAGAAAGAAGUCUGUUUCUUUUUCAGAACAAGAUCCUAUCAUGCUUACUCAAUAUACAAAUAGUACAAAUACUACCAUGGCCAGUGAUAGUAGCAGCAGUAGUAGCAGCAGCAGCAGUAGUAGUAGUAGUAGUAGUGUUAACAAUCAAAGAAAGAUCUUUACAGGUCGUCCCAUCAAACCUAUCAGUCCUAAUCGUAUUCGUGUUCAAACUGCAGAUGGUGAUGUCUUUGAAGCAGAUCGAUUCUGUCCUCACAAAAAAGUCGAUUUAGCUACUUGGGGACAAGUGAUGGGCAGAUCUGUGAUUUGUACAAAGCAUAACUGGAAUUUCAGCAUGGAUGGCCUGAGUGCUACAAAAGGGAGAUCAUUGAAUCCUUGUAAAGUCAAUGAUUGGUGAAAGAAUAAACGUUUAUUUCUUUUUGGGAACAGAAAUAGCAUAAGGCUCAACACCCUUUCUAUAUCUUUCUGACCAGCUUAAAAUGUAC